AUGUCCGAACAGUCCUCCCAGACACCGCGGAUGCGCGUCCGAGAACUUCUCCCUAACCUCCAUCUUGGUGACUUCCCUACCGGCCCGCUCAACUCUCUCACAGAUGUGCCCGGUGUCAAAGUCAACACUCUAGAACUUGACAGUGCUGAUGGAACGGUCAACACUGGCAUAACGUCCAUUCUACCGCGCGAAAACUGGUCUAAAGAGGCUUGUUAUGCUGGCACGUUCAGCUUCAACGGCUCUGGCGAGCUUACAGGCGCCCACAUGAUUAAUGAGACCGGCUUACUAUUCUCCCCUAUCGUCUUAACUGGAACAUUGGAGAUUGGUGCAGCGCACCAGGGCAUCUUCAAGUAUGCCAUCAAAACUCUAGAUUCUAAAAAAGGGAAAGUGGACUGGUUAAUGCUGCCGGUGGUGGCAGAAACGUGCGAGGCGUAUCUGCAUGACUGUACAUCAUUCUCCGUCAAGCCCGAGUAUGUCGUUUCAAGCCUAGAGAGUGCGAAUACGUGUACAGUUAGAGAAGGAAAUACCGGAGGUGGCACAGGUAUGAUAUGCCAUCGGUUCAAGGGUGGGACAGGCAGCAGCAGCCGAGUCAUUCCUCGCGGAGACGGCAAGGAGAAUCAAAAAGGAUACACUAUCGCAGCCCUUGUGCAAGCGAAUUAUGGCAAGAUGAAGGACUUGCGCAUCGGGGGAGUGCCCAUCGGCCGGAUACUAUGUGCUGAAUCUGAGAGGGAUGAAGCUAGAAAGGAGGCGCUGGAGGAGCUCGCUAGGGAGAAGGAUCAUAAGGAUGGCAGCAUCAUUGUGAUACUUGCCACUGACGCACCAUUACACCCAUUGCAACUGCAACGCAUUGCGAAGCGUGCAACGGUUGGUUUAGCUCGCGUUGGAGGCCACGGCCAUAAUGUCUCUGGGGAUAUCUUCCUUGCUUUCUCGACUGGAAACUCAAUCCCGAAUAUAGAUGUUUUAGGGCCACGCAAGGGACCAACCACAGUUUCCAUUGAGGUUAUCGAUGACUCGACAAUUGAUAACCUUUUUGAUGCAACUGCUGAUGUGACUGAGGAGGCAAUAUACAAUGCACUCUGUAUGGCAGAAACUAUGACUGGUUACUUGGGACGAAAGGUCGAGGCGCUGCCUCUUGAUAGGGUGAAGGAAAUCAUGGCCAAGUUUGAAGUGAGCGUCGAGGACCUGGUUAAGUGA